AUGGCCGAUCUACCAAGGGAACGUGUCACUCCUAAUUUUGUCUUUAAUGUGACAGGGGUUGACUUUUGUGGCCCUUUUCUAGUAAAAUUUAAAAAUCAGCGUAAAGGAGUGUUAAAUAAGAUUUACGUAGCUGUUUUUAUUUGCUUAUGCUCAAAGGCUAUACAUCUUGAUUUUGUUUCAGACUUAACCACUCAAGGAUUUAUAGCUUGUUUGAAACGUUUCUUUGGUAGACGAGGCAAAUGUUCGAAAAUCAUGUCUGACAAUGGAAAGACAUUUGUUGGAGCAAAUGUUGAGAUUAAAAAACUUUUGAAGCUUGUCACUUCCCGCGAUGAAAACUUGUCUAACUUUCUCUCAAACGAGAAUAUUGUAUGGGAAUUUAUACCCCCAAAAUCACCUAAUUUUGGGAGCCUUUGGGAAGCUGGGGUGAAGGCUUUCAAAUUUCAUUUCAAACGAGUAAUAGGUAGCCAAAAAUUGACGCUUGAAGAAUUUGUAACUAUUUUAGCUGAAAUAGAAGGAGUAUUCAUCUCCCGGCUCCUCAUUCCAUUGUCGGCAAACUUUGAUGAUUUUCGGACAUUAAGUCCAGGUCACUUCAUAAUUGGGAGACCAAUAAAUGGUCUUCAAAAACCUCUACUUAAUGAUAUCAAGGAAACUCAUUUGUCUAAAUGGCAAAGGGUAACUAAAUUUAGUCAACAAAUUUGGCAAUUGUGGAAGAAAGAUUACUUAAAUAAUUUGCAGGGUCGAACCAAAUGGAAAUUUAGUAAGGACGAUGUAAAACAGGGUACUCUUGUUUUAAUGAAAAAUGAGCAACUUCCUGCCACACAGUGGUUAGUUGGAAGAAUAGUGGAAAUAUUUCAAAGUAGGGAUGGAAAAAUAAGAAUUGUAAAUGUACGUAUGCCUAAUGGUAAAAUUUUCAAGAGAAAUGUCAGAGACAUUUGUAUAUUACCGCUUGAAUGA